AUGGAUAAUAAUAUCGACUCGAGAUAUUCUCGCGCUGACACGGAUGUGUCGCCCGUCACGACCGACUCGAUGGUCACUGUCCCGCUUUCAGACCGACAAUCCAAUCCCAAUGGCGUCUGUCACGACUCCAGGACGCUUGAUAUUCCGGAAACCCCCAUCGAGGAGAAGGUGGACGGAGAAGGCUUGAUCAGCGAGGAUGGGGAGAAUCCACUCGAGACGACUCCUAAGAAUGAGGAUAUCUUCACGCCAGCUCCAGAGACCAAGGAACGCAGAGAAUCAGCGUCAUCGGCGAAAUCCCAGAGCAGUCGGCAAAGUCAGGAGGAACCAGGCUCCCCAGCCGAGAGUGACGGCGUCGACUGGGCCAAGUUGGACGAGACAGAGGAGCAGGAACCGCGCAAUGAAGCCACAGAUGAGUCAACGGCAUUGCUCCUCGCUCGCCUGGAACAGGAGAACAAUGCCCUCGUGACGAACCCCAAAUCAGGCCUCGCCAACGCCGCUCGACCGCGUCGCCCGUCCCGUCCUCCGUCGAUUCAGCAGCUCAAGAGACUCGUCAACGAUCACAGAUCGUCGCUCCGGUACUCCCAGCUGCCUCCCCCUCCCAUGACGGAGCUCGAGUUCUGGGCCGCCUUGGUGGCAGACUACCCCAUGACCGCCCAGAGACUGCCCACCUUGACGUCCAACAAGAUCCGCGCCGGUGUCCCGCCGCCUCUUCGCGGUGUGGUAUGGCCCAGCAUUGCCGGCGCUCGAGAUACGCAACUACUCGAGGACUUCCGGCGUCUGAGCGGCGAAUCCAGCCCGUACGAAGGCUUGAUCGGCAAAGACAUUGGCCGGAGCUUUCCCAACGUGGAGAUGUUCAGGGAUCCCAACGGCGAGGGACAGCAGAUGCUGGCCCGGGUGCUGAAAUGCUUCAGUCUCUACGAUACCAAAAUCGGAUACUGCCAGGGCCUGGGAUUCGUGGUUGGGCCUCUGCUGAUGCACAUGUCCGAUGCGGAGGCAUUCUGCGUGUUGGUGAGAUGGACUGACAAGGUCUCCAGGCUGAUGGAUCAUUAUAAGCUGCGAUCAUGCUUUCUCCCCGAUCUGUCGGGACUGCAUCUGCGAAUAUACCAGUUCCAGAGUCUGCUCUCCCGCCACCUCCCCUCCCUUUACGCCCACCUGGAGUCAUUGCAUGUCGAGCCGGUCUACGUAUCGCAAUGGUUCCUGUCCUUCUUUGCAGUUACGUGUCCUUUGCCGAUGCUUCUCCGGAUUUACGAUGUUUUAUUAUUGGAAGGAGCCGCGGAGACCCUGAUGAGAGUUGCGUUGUCCCUGAUGCAACGAAACGAAAAGAAGAUUAUGGCUUGUACGGAAUUCGAGGAUGUAUUGCAGUUGCUCCUGUCCAGGAAUAUGUGGGAUACUUACGGGUGGAACGCGGAUGAUCUGGUGAAUGACUUUGUGUCUUUGACCCCGCUGGUGACCAAAGAGAGUCUCCAGGCAUUGGAAGCAAGCUAUAACCAGUCGCAAGGCGUCUCGACGGGAAUCUCAUUUCCUCAAAUGCAGGCAGCUGCAUCUCGGUUCCUGGGGAGAUUAUGGGCCGGCUCCAACUCGCAUAACUCGGCCAAAUCUCUCAACUUGAACCCUCCUAAUGCAGCGCGUCCUGAGAGUACGGUUCGACGUUCGCCCUCGAAGCAGAGCAUGGCGUCCACGCUCAACUCAAUGGAGUCCGCCUCUUCCGAGGCAAGCACCGCCGCCACCGAAGUUUCCACACCCAGCGGUGGUGAUUCGGCCAAGAUGCGCACGAAGUCGGGACUGUCUCAUAAAGACAAGGAUCUCCACGGCCAGAUCGAGGAUCUCUUGAUGGCAUUGGGCGAUCUGCAGCGCGAGCAAGCAGAGUUGGCGCGAGAACUUCAGCGAGAGCGCGAGGAGCGCGAGGAGGACCACGAAGUCGCCAAGGCGAUGCUUGCCUACAUAAAAGACUUGGACAACAAAGAGGAUUCCGAGGAGCUCAUCGCCAAGGCGGAGGAGCGAUUUGCGGCCACGUCCAAGCGGGUGUCGAUCAUGCAGACGAAACACCAGCUGCGAGACGAAGCCAACCGAUGGAAAGAAAAGCACGACGUGGAGGCGGCGCGCUGCCUCGAUCUGACGAGGCGCAUUGACGAGUUCGAAAUCGAGAACGCGCGACUGAAGGAAGACCUGCGGGAAGCGCGGCAACGGAUCCAGGACGGCCACCGCGAUCGGCAGAGGCUGGAGAGGACGAUCCAGGAAUUGCGGCAUCGCAAGUACUCGCAUUCCGACAGCACGCAUGAUUCGUCUUCCGGCGAGUCCAGCGACGUGUGGCCGUCGCCCGGUCUGCGAGAGAUCAAACUCGUCAGCCGAGCGGGAUCUCAGAAGAGCAACAAAUACCCCAAGCGCAACAGCAGUCUCGGUCUGCAGAGCGUGCCUGGAGGCGAAAGCCAGGCUAAUAACAACGCACCAGCAGGCUCGGGUUCGGGCUCGAAUUCCGAGGACGCGUUGCUGCUAGAGCUGGUGAACGCCAAAACAGCCGAAGCCGUCGCCAAGCAGGAGCUGGAAGAAGUCAAGGCGAAACUGGACUCGCUGAGACGGCUGAUCAGCAACCAGGCCCCGACGACACCUCGACCCAGCGUGUCGACAGAAUUGAGCAGUCAUCAUGGUGGAAGCAGCCCCAGAAGCUCACCAGAGCAGAGCAAGGCAUCGACUCUGUCGUCAGGAGGAGGUGGAGGAGGGGGAGGAGGCUUUUUUGGAUGGGGGAAACGAACCGUGUCGACGGCAAGUUUCUCCUAG